ACUAUCCAUAAUAUAUCAGAGCUUAACUGCCUUCUUAGAACCCUUUAUAAGGAAACGAGCUCAAUAAUGUACGUACUUAACCCAAUCAUUACUCUCACUAUAUCUUUCACAAUAAAAUCAUAUUGUAUGAUUCAUAAUGUAUGCAAAAUAUCGGAGCUGUCCUUUGAAUCUGGUCCUGAUCUGUUGCUAAUGUCGGUUGGUGGCAACGAUAUUGGCUACUCGGAAAUUGUUUCAACAUUGAUUUGGGGUGAAUCGUCGUCACUCUUUGCAUCAGUCGAUAUGCGUUUCUUUUACGCAUCCUAUCAACUCGAUCGAAUCGCUGCUUCACUGCAUAAAAUCAAACCUCUACAAAUCGUCAUACCACAUUAUUUCGACGUAACACGCAACGAAAAAGGCAUCAUCGACGCUAACUGUGAUGAAUUACAUCAGGUUCAUAAGACAGUUUUUAGCUCAAUUUCUUUCAUCAUUGAAGCUAAGAAAAUCAGUGAAUGGAGUCUAGUCUGA